AUGAAGAAAAUAAAGUCUUUACCUAUCCUGAAAAUAACAAUUACUUAAAUUCUAAAGAAAUCAUUCUCUAUAGAAAUGAUAAUGGGAAAAAUAUGGACUAUAACAAUAAAAGAGAAAAUACUAUUAAUAAGAUCGUCAUAUUAAAUUGGUUAAAGUGAUCCUAAAGUUGCAAAUUAGGAUGAUGGAAAGGUGAUUUUUAAAAUAAUUGACUAUGCAUACUUUGCAAUUCUCACUUCAGACGAGGAUUCGCUUAAAUUAUACAUAGUAAAUGCUAAAACUGGUAAGGUGCUAUUUUAAGAUGUCUAAAAUGAAGUGGAUCUCGAUUAAUACAUCAAUUUAGUUUUUGAUGAUCAUAAGGUUUUUGUAACCUAUUAGAAUUAAGCUAAAAUGAUAUUUGAAAUAUGGACAGUUGAGAUAUAUCAUAUGAAAAGGAGUGUUCAUUUAUAAAAAUGCUAGAGUAUUAUUAUUUCUCUUAAGAUCCAACAAAUAAACAUUAUCAUGAAACAGAACACAAUAUUGUUUUCUAAUAGUAAGUAUAUAGAUUUCUUAUAGUAAGUAUAUGGAUUUCCUUUAGGAAUUAAAUAUCUAGGAAUAACGAGAACUAGAAAAUCUCUAACUAAGAAAAACCUAUUGAUUAUAACUACUUUCAGUCAAAUGUAUCAAUUGGAUAGAAACCUUGUUUCUGCAAGAAGAAGAGAAAACUCAGACUUAGAUCAUCCCUUUGUUCAACUGACUUACCGCCUUUUUAAUAUGAACUCCCUAUUUAUUUUUAAAGUAUGCUAACUUACGAUUAAACAUUCGAUUUCGAAAGGUUUUCAAUAGAACCUACAAAUUUAGAAUCCUAUGCCCUUCUUAUCGUUUAUGGUUCUGACAAUAAUCACACCAUAUAAAUCUUAUGAUAUGGUGCAGAAGAACUUCAACUAUGAUGCUGUAAUAUUAACAACAGUAUUAAUAACAUUGACAAUUUAAGUGUCAUAAAAAUUAAUUAAAUCUAGCAAAUAAGUUAAAUAAUUUAAAGUUAAUUGA